AUGGACGUGGCGCUGAUCUUCUGCCGGACCAAGGUGGACUGUGACAACCUGGAGAAGUACCUCAUCCAGCGCGGCGGAAAAAACUACUCGUGCGUCUGUCUCCAUGGCGAUCGCAACCCGGCAGAACGAAAAGCCAACCUGGAGAAGUUCAAGAAACGCGAGGUGAAAUUCAUGAUCUGCACCGAUGUGGCUGCCCGAGGAAUCGACAUUAGUGGACUCCCCUACGUGAUCAACGUGACGCUGCCGGAUGAGAAACAGAACUACAUUCACCGCAUUGGUCGUGUAGGUAGAGCCGAGAG